AUGAAUUGUACAAUCAACAGCUCAUGGAGUGAGUCACAUCAGGUGAUGCUGCUUGUGUUUACUGUGCCGACGAUUUCCAUUGGGUUCGUAUUGAACGGAGUGGCAUUGUGCAUAAUCUGGUGUAAAAUAAAGGGGUGGACAAAACCUACCAUCUACAUGACCAACCUCAUCAUCUCAGAUAUCCUCCUACUCUUCGCACUGCCUUUCAAAAUCUACGCUUACUAUGUCGGCCCGCAGUGGCCUCUGCACAAGCGGUUCUGUCAGCUUCUCGAGUCCUUGUGCUUCGUGAACACAUACGCCAGCAUCCUGCUGAUAACCCUGAUCUGUGCCGAUCGCUACGUGGCCAUUAAGCAUCCCUUCCUGAGCAGAGCCAUCUCCUCCCCGCGGAAAACCGCGGUCAUCUGCGCCGGCAUCUGGAUCUUCGUGUGCACAGGAAGCAUCUACAUCUAUUUCUCCAGCGAGUCCAGCUCCUGCUUUUACUACCUCUCGCCAGGUGUCUGGAGAAUGAAUUUCAUUGCCCCUCUGGAAAUACUAUUUUUGAUAUGCGCGUUUUUCAUGAUGUUCUGCUCGGUGCAGAUCAUCCGCAGACUGAGAGUUCAAGCCAGCGAGACCCGGGAUAGGUGGGCGGACAAAUCCACUAAAAUCAUCCUUUCAAAUUUGCUCACCUUCCUGGUCUGCUUCACGCCCUAUCACACGGGACUGCUGUUGUAUUCUCUAACGACCAAUGGUUUUAUCUCGGAAAGUUACUGUGAACCUCUGCGCAACGCCCUGCAUGUGAGCCUGUACUUGGCCAAUGUGAACUGUUGCUUGGACGCAAUCUACUAUUUCUACAGCAUCAAAGAAUUUUGCCAGUCAAACUCGCGGCACAUCCCAAAUUCGAGCACCCAAAUAGCUAUCUGCGAGGGAAUAGCCGAUUCGUCCACAGACCCUCCGCUCAGCUCUCGGUCACAUUAA